AUGAGAUGGUGGAGGGAGUGCAGCUGCGAGUGGUGGAGGACUCUGUGCAAUCUGAACGCCCAAAACCGUAAUCCAAUCCACAACCCCGCUUCGAUCGUGGCGGUGGCGAUGGCGGCGACGGUGGCGGGUGUGGCAUUGGCGACGGGUGUGACGGCAACGGCAGGUGAAGCAGCAUCGGUGAUGGGUGAGGUGGCAUUUGCCUUGGAGGCGUUAGAGUUGGCGUUGGCGGGUGUGGCGCUGGCGGCGGGUGUGGCUGCGGUGGCGGCAACGGUGGCGGUUGUAGCGGUGGCGGUGGACGUGGCGGCUGCGGCAGGUGAAGCAGCAUCGGUGACGGGUGUGGUGGGGUGUGGUGGCAUUUGCCUUGGCGGCGUUGGAGUCGGCCUUGGCAGCGGCGGCGGCGUCGCCUUUGGUGAUGCCGCCGCCGGCGGAGCUGUCGUCUUCUUCCCCCAUCCGUCCAUGGAUUAUCAUACGCCAUACGUCACCUCAACUGCCGAUGCGGGGGUUACGGUUGUGGCGGCGGUGUUGAUGGCUGCGUUGGCUUACGAUUUGGCGUUGGCGUUUGCUGGUAUUGCAGUGGCAUCGGUUGUUGCCGUUGUGGUGGCUGUGGCUGCGGUGGCGCAGGCGGCGGUGGCAGCGACAGUGGCGGAUGCGUCGUUUGCGGCGGGUGUGACGGCUGCGGCGGUUGCGUCGGCAUAA